AAAUGCUCACAACAUUCAGGGCUGGGCCAAGCAGAAGCCAGGAACCAGGGGCUCCAUGUGCGUUUCCAUGUAUGUGGCAGGGGCCCAGACACUGAGGCCAUCAGCAGCUACCUCUGAGGAUGCAUUAAGCAGGAAGAUGGUGGAACCAGGGCAAGAUUUACUGCUUGCUGCUUUGAGUGAGAGUGGAAUUAGCCCAAAUGACCUCUUUGAUAUUGAUGGUGGAGAUGCGGGACUUGGAACUCCAACACCCACUCCACCAGUUCAGCAGUCCAUGCCCCUGAGUGCGUUAGAACUAGGUCUGGAGACUGAGGCAGCAGUUCCUGUGAAACAAGAACCAGAGGCUGUCCCCCCUUCAGCACUGUUAAAUAUGAGGCAGCAGCCUCCAUCUACCACGACUUUUGUGCUCAAUCAAAUAAAUCAGCUUCCGACCUUGGGAUCUACAAUUGUGAUGACUAAAACACCACCUGUAACAACCAAUAGGCAAACCAUCACUUUAACAAAAUUUAUCCAGACGACCGCAAACACACGCCCGUCAGUCUCAGCACCAGCAGUCCGAAAUGCAGUGACCUCUGCUCCUUCAAAAGAACAGGUUCAACUGAAGGAUCUGCUCAAAAACAACAGUCUGAAUGAGCUCAUGAAGCUGAAGCCGCCUCCUAACAUUGCGCAGCCAGUUGCCACGGCAGCUACUGAUGUAAGCAAUGGUACAGUAAAGAAAGAGUCUUCUAAUAAAGAAGUAGCAAGAAUCUGGAUAAAUGACAUGAAAAUGAGGAGUUUUUCCCCAACCAUGAAGGUCCCUGUUGUAAAGGAGGAUGAUGAGCCAGAGGAAGAGGAUGAAGAAGAAAUGGGUCAUGCAGAGACCUAUGCAGAAUAUAUGCCCAUAAAAUUGAAAAUUGGCCUACGUCACCCAGAUGCUGUAGUGGAAACUAGCUCUUUAUCCAGUGUUACUCCUCCUGAUGUUUGGUACAAAACAUCUAUUUCUGAAGAAACUAUCGACAAUGGCUGGUUGUCAGCAUUGCAGCUUGAGGCAGUCACAUAUGCUGCUCAGCAACAUGAAACAUUCCUCCCUAAUGGAGACCGUGCUGGCUUCUUAAUAGGUGAUGGCGCUGGUGUGGGCAAAGGAAGGACAAUAGCGGGAAUCAUCUAUGAGAACUACCUGCUGAGUAGGAAAAGAGCAUUGUGGUUUAGUGUUUCCAAUGAUUUAAAGUAUGAUGCUGAAAGAGAUUUGAGGGAUAUUGGAGCAAAAAACAUUUUGGUCCAUUCAUUGAAUAAGUUUAAAUAUGGGAAAAUUUCUUCCAAACAUAAUGGGAGUGUGAAAAAGGGUGUUAUUUUUGCCACAUAUUCUUCUCUUAUUGGUGAAAGCCAAUCUGGUGGUAAAUAUAAAACAAGGUUAAAACAACUUCUACAUUGGUGCGGCGAUGACUUCGAUGGAGUUAUAGUCUUUGAUGAGUGUCAUAAAGCAAAAAACUUAUGUCCUGUUGGUUCUUCGAAACCAACCAAGACAGGCUUAGCAGUUUUAGAGCUGCAGAACAAAUUGCCAAAAGCCAGAGUUGUUUAUGCUAGUGCCACUGGUGCUUCUGAGCCACGUAACAUGGCCUAUAUGAACCGUCUUGGAAUCUGGGGUGAGGGGACACCGUUUAGAGAAUUCAGUGAUUUCAUUCAGGCAGUGGAAAGAAGAGGCGUGGGUGCCAUGGAGAUAGUUGCUAUGGACAUGAAGCUUAGAGGCAUGUACAUUGCUCGACAGCUGAGCUUUACUGGAGUGACCUUCAAAAUCGAGGAAGUUCUUCUUUCUCAGAGCUAUGUUAAAAUGUAUAACAAAGCAGUCAAGCUGUGGGUUAUUGCCAGAGAACGAUUUCAGCAAGCUGCAGAUCUUAUUGAUGCUGAGCAACGGAUGAAGAAGUCCAUGUGGGGUCAGUUCUGGUCUGCUCACCAGAGGUUUUUCAAAUACUUGUGUAUAGCAUCCAAAGUGAAAAGGGUUGUGCAACUAGCUCGGGAAGAAAUCAAGAAUGGAAAAUGUGUGGUCAUUGGUCUGCAGUCCACAGGAGAAGCUAGAACCUUAGAAGCUUUGGAAGAGGGCGGAGGAGAAUUGAAUGAUUUUGUUUCAACUGCCAAAGGAGUGUUGCAGUCUCUCAUUGAAAAGCACUUUCCUGCUCCGGACAGAAAAAAACUGUAUAGUUUAUUAGGAAUUGAUUUGACAGCUCCAAGUAAUAACAGUUCACCAAGAGAUAGUCCUUGUAAAGAAAAUAAAGUAAAGAAGCGGAAAGGUGAUGAAAUAACACGAGAAGCCAAAAAAGCACGAAAAGUGGGUGGCCUUGCUGGUAGCGGUUCUGAUGACAGUGGAAGUGAAUCCGAUGCCUCUGAUAAUGAAGAGAGUGACUAUGAGAGCUCCAGAAACAUGAGUUCUGGAGAUGAUGAUGAUUUCAACCCAUUUCGAGAUGAGUCCAGUGAGGACGAUGAAGAUGAUCCUUGGCUAAUCAGAAAAGAGCACAAGAAAAACAAAGAUAAAAAAAAGAAGAAAAGUAUAGAUCCAGAUUCUAUUCAAAGUGCCUUAUUAGCUUCAGGUCUUGGCUCCAAACGACCUAGCUUUUCAUCUACACCUGUUAUUGCACCUGCUCCCAACAGUGCCCCAGCUAAUAGUAAUACCAACAGUAACAGCAGCCUUGUAACAAGUCAGGACGCUGUGGAAAGGGCCCAGCAGAUGAAGAAAGACCUACUUGACAAGCUAGAAAAAUUAGCUGAAGACCUCCCUCCCAAUACCCUGGAUGAGUUGAUUGAUGAACUUGGUGGCCCUGAGAAUGUAGCUGAGAUGACCGGCCGCAAGGGACGGGUUGUAAGCAAUGACGAUGGGAGCAUAUCCUACGAGUCACGGUCGGAGCUGGACGUGCCCGUGGAGAUCCUGAAUAUCACAGAGAAGCAGAGGUUCAUGGACGGAGAUAAGAAUAUUGCUAUUAUCUCAGAAGCUGCCAGCUCAGGCAUUUCAUUACAAGCAGAUCGGAGAGCUAAAAAUCAAAGGCGAAGAGUUCACAUGACUUUGGAAUUACCUUGGAGUGCUGAUAGAGCCAUUCAGCAAUUUGGAAGAACUCAUAGAUCAAACCAAGUUACUGCUCCCGAAUAUGUCUUUCUGAUUUCUGAGUUGGCAGGGGAACAAAGAUUUGCAUCUAUUGUUGCCAAAAGACUUGAGAGUUUGGGGGCGCUUACACAUGGGGACCGAAGAGCAACAGAAUCUAGAGAUCUGAGCAGGUUCAACUUUGACAAUAAGUAUGGAAGAAAUGCUUUAGAAAUUGUCAUGAAAUCCAUUGUAAACUUGGAUUCUCCUAUGGUGUCACCACCUCCGGACUACCCUGGAGAAUUCUUUAAAGAUGUUCGUCAAGGAUUGAUAGGAGUCGGCCUGAUAAAUGUAGAAGAUCGCUCAGGAAUUCUUACUCUUGAUAAAGAUUAUAACAACAUAGGAAAAUUCUUAAAUAGAAUUUUGGGUAUGGAAGUACAUCAGCAGAAUGCAUUAUUUCAGUAUUUUGCGGACACACUUACUGCAGUUGUUCAAAAUGCCAAAAAAAAUGGAAGAUAUGAUAUGGGAAUCUUAGAUCUUGGUUCUGGGGAUGAAAAGGUGAGGAAGAGUGAUGUUAAGAAGUUUCUGACUCCAGGAUACUCAACCUCUGGUCAUGUGGAGCUGUAUACAAUCAGCGUAGAGAGGGGUAUGUCCUGGGAGGAAGCCACCAAGAUUUGGGCAGAACUGACAGGACCAGAUGAUGGCUUUUACUUGUCAUUGCAAAUAAGGAACAACAAGAAAACUGCCAUCUUAGUUAAAGAAGUAAACCCUAAAAAGAAGCUUUUCUUGGUUUAUCGACCAAAUACUGGGAAACAACUCAAAUUAGAAAUUUAUGCCGAUCUAAAAAAGAAGUAUAAGAAGGUAGUCUCAGAUGAUGCCUUGGUACACUGGUUGGAUCAAUAUAAUUCAUCUGCAGAUACUUGCACUCACGCUUACUGGCGUGGCAAUUGCAAAAAAGCAAGCUUGGGAUUAGUUUGUGAAAUAGGCCUCCGUUGUCGCACAUAUUAUGUUUUAUGUGGUUCAGUGCUGAGUGUCUGGACAAAAGUUGAGGGUGUUCUAGCAUCUGUCAGUGGUACAAAUGUGAAAAUGCAGAUAGUUCGGCUAAGAACAGAAGACGGACAACGAAUUGUAGGCCUGAUCAUUCCGGCGAACUGUGUGUCUCCUCUCGUAAACCUCCUGUCAACUUCAGACCAGUCUCAGCAGCUUGCAGUCCAGCAGAAGCAGCUGUGGCAGCAGCAUCACCCGCAGAGCAUCGCCAACCUAAGCAAUGCGUGAAGAACAGACAGGCCGCAUUGUGGAUGUAUCUGAAUGCUGUUGCAGAUCAUUUGCAUAAAAAUCAGGGACAGUUUCCAAAGAAUUAUAUAUUUUUUUCAGUUUUGCUCCGUAGUUAAUUUUGGGGGGAUAAGGAGAAACCUGGAAUAGAUAGCAAAACUGAGAAUCAGCAGUGCCGAUGGUGGUACAUUUGUCUUUCCCUUUGCUUUUCUUCUGGGACUUCCUGUGUACUUUCACAUUGAGUGUGCAGAGGGAGGGGUGUGUGUGUGUGUGUGUGUGUGUUAAAGCCUACAAACCACAACUGGUUUAAAAAUGCUUAGAACUUCCCAAUCUGGCUUUACCUUUCUGUUCUACAGUGCUCAGGGUUAACGCAGUGCACCCAUGCCGUUGCUGUGGGAGUUCUCCCCGGAUGCAUGUGUUUGAGUCCAUAAAUACAGAAAAUACGUGUUGGUUUCUUUUUCCAGCUUAAACCAUAGGUUUACUAAAGCAUGAAAUGAAAGGUUGCACAUCAUGCAUUCAGGUUCUUUUCUAAUUUUCUGACAGUGCAUGUCUUUGAAAGCAUGCGUAAAUAAGAUUAACACAGAGGUCGAGUAAUGGAGAGAAACAUUUGUAGCUGUACAGCAUUGGUUAUUGCAUUUUUAUAGUGUUUAUAAUUGCGUAUGGCUUCUACUCCAUGAGCCUCUCCCCCCUUCCUGUCCCAGGUUUCUUGUCAGAGUAAUGACUGCGUACCUUUUUGUGUGUGUGUGUGAUAAAGCUCUGAAAGGUUCAUUGUAAUGUAUUAAUAGUAUUCCUGACUUGUGCUGCAGAAAUGGCUAUGAGCCUUUUUUCUUAGUGACAUUUUCCUUAACUUAAAGCUGGUUUUAGAAAGAAGUACAAAUUGGCCUCCAUCUUGCAAACACUGUUUUUUUUUUACUUUAUUAAUUUUUGCUUUGUCAUUCAUAAAAGAGGAAUUGUACUUGAGCUGUAAACUAGACAAUGAGGAAACACUUGAGGCUUCUGCUGUGUGUUUUUCUGUUGGUAUUGUUGUUACCCAGUAACUUGAAUAUUGUUUAAUGUGUUGUAAGACAUUGUAGAGUUUAUCUUAAGCUGUUAAAAAUCGUAAUGUACAAAUGUGAAUAGACACUUAUCUAUAAUAGGGGUAAGUUUUGUUUUGCCUAUAAUAGAUGUUUAUAAAAACAAGUGAGGGGACAAUUGGUCUUUUUUGUUUCCUUUUUUUCCCCCUUGGGACAAGUUGCACUAUUGAAAAAUUGAGAUUGUAUAAACCUGCUCAAAAGCAUCAAGAUGCACAAAUCUUGUAGCUGUCAAAUAAAAAGCUGUUAUACUAACAAGAAGUGGACUCUUGUUUAGGCCCUCACCAGGCAUCUCUGAGAGUGGCCUCUGGCAGGACCUUGUAGACCUUGCGUGUGCUCCAGCAUUCCAGGCCCUAGGACAGUCUGGCCCCGCACCCACCCCUGAACUCUGACAGGUGCCGAGGAAGGGCAGGAGUGUAGUACUGCCGAGUGUGUGCACUGACGUGAAGUUGUUCCCUUUGUAGCUUAGGGACUCGGGUGAGAGGUGCAGGAUGGAAACUGGUGGGCAGCCUAGGGCUUUCAUCUUCUCCAUGCUUCUUUAAGCCUGAGUUUUGUUCUGUUAGGUUUACUGUAAGUGCUCUCUAUGGAUUUAUUUAUUCUUGGUGCCUAAAAGGACAAAUUGAGAAUCAUUUCUGUUCUUUGGCAUAUUCUGCCCCAGUGGAUGCAACUCCUCUGCUCAGUCUAGGCUGUGUGUCUCCGGCAGGGAUGGCCCAGAUUCCGCCAUGCCCCUUGUUGGGGCUGUUAGACCAGCUGGCCUCUAAGAGCAGGGCUGGCCCUCCCUUGAGCACAGCUGCCCAGUGGAUGGUUCUGUGUCCAGGCACUGAGGGAGUGGGAGCAUGGCGCGGACAUGCUCCCUCCAGCGAGGUGAGACAGUGGGGCCGGGAGAGCUGCUCUGGUAGGGCUGGUGGCAGUGUGGUCCCCCGGAUGUGUGGGUGCCUUUUGAGCAGGUUCGGGUUUCUGCGGUUGUUUCCAAGGCAGGAUUGGCGUGAGGAUUCCGGGCGUGCGGUUGAUGUCUGCUGCAGACCACAGUGUAUUUGCUCCUGGAGUGGCCUUCCCGAGGCACAGCGGCCAGUGCGUGCUGUGCUCUUCGGAGUAGUGUUUCUUUACUCCACAAAGAAAGCGUCGGGAAGCUCUCUGCAAGCAUUCUUCCAAGGCAAUGAGUUUGGAUUUGUGGAGCCAGGGUGCAUGUGCGGCUUCCAGAGGCUAGUGUCCGCCCCCUCUGGACAUCUGAUCUCUGCACUGUGCCCUUAGAACAGUGAGCAAGUCUGGAUUGAUGGCCAGGAGCCCCUAGUAGUGAAGACCCUCCCCCACUGCUCACUUUGUAACCCAGGCCCGUUUGGCAUAGGACCCACACCCGGUGACGGAGCCCAGAGGCCUGCUCCAGCCCAGCAGGGGCCCACGUGGCCUCUGGGAUGCCUUUUUCCCCUUUUAGCAAUACGACUCUGAGCACAAAGGUGGGGUUGAAUCACCUUCGUGCGUUCAGAGCUCACGGCGUCCAUAGUGCUGAAAACCACUCCCCCAGGCCAGAGCCGCUCAUGUUAUCUCGGGGGUGUGAGGGAGCUGCUCACGUCACCGCCUCCAAGCCACAGGAUCUCUGCAGUUCAGGGGCAGUGUCCAGGGGUGCUGGCAGCACGCGGAUUCCUCCCCCUCUGUCAGCACAGUGAUCAACAGUGGAUGUGUAAGCGGUUCUCUCCUACUGCCACUGAAUUGCUGAUACCCUCUUGGAUAUCUUUACCGUGUGUGUUAGCAAGAGCCUGCAUCCAAAGCACUGUAGAAGUGUGUAUGUGUAUAUAUGCGUGUAUAUAUGUCUGUGUAUAUAUAUAUAUAUUUAUAUUUAUUCUAAUCUAGCUAACUAGCACUUCAGAAACCUUUUUGAGCUUGCUUCAUUUGUAGAGGUGAAAGUUCUAGACUGCCAAGCUCUAGGGGAGUGUAGUGUUUCCGAGGUACAGGUUAGGCCACAGUCCUGGGGCAUCCAUUUGCUGGUCUCCCAGUGAGGCUGUGAGAACAGCUUGUAACCAGCCCAAGCAGGAGAGUGCGGGGCAGCACGGACACGUGUGAUGGGGGCGUGGCCCAGCUCCCUCACCUCCCCUGUCAGCAUGAAGGGGAAGGCAGAGUCCAUUAGCAGUCUCAGUCGGUGGAAGCAGGGACACGAAGUCCCUGAGUAAGAGGUCGAGGGCAGUCCCUUUCUUUGUCCUCUCAUUUUACAGAUGUAUUUGGGUGACACUUGGUCAUUUCUCAGGGUGAUGCUACAUCAGCCAGCUGCAUUCAGAUGGCGAGGUCGGACUGGGAUUGCCACCUGAGUGACGGGCAUUGGUUGACCGCCCUUCCCAUCCGUGUCUGUGUUCUCCCUGGCUAGCACUAUACCCGGGUGCCACCUGGCUGCUGGACUCUAGCGAGCAUUCCAUGUUGUGGCUACAGCUGAGAGCAAAAACCAUUGCAGACAGUUCCUCUCUCAAUGCCAAUCGACUGAUCAAACGCAGGGUCUCUGAAGUGAGGGGGCCACGUCCGCCAGCCUGCGACUCCAGCUAGCUAGGGCUUUGUUUUCUGAGUCUGUGAGGUGGGGUUCAAAGGCCACCCUCGAAUUCUGUGCUGCACUUACAUGUAUGUGUAUAAAUUUGUAUAUACAGAAAUGUUGAGCUCUUUGGAAUUCUGAAUGUAAAUAUUUCUUGUACAUUGGGACCUUGACCCAUGUUUUCUCCUUUUCCUGUUUCCUGUCCUAUUUAUGCUUGACUUCUCAUGGGACACCUUACUCCUUCCUGCGUUUUUUUGUUUUUUGUUUUUUAAAUUCAGAAAAGCGUGCGAAAGUUCUUAGUUGAAUUUGUUCCUGUAUUUUAGAAUUUGGUUCAGUUUUGCGUCUCUGCCGUAGAAUUGCUGCCUGUCUGUUUCAUGCUAAUAUCUUUCAACAUUGUGUUUUGCAUUUCUGUUAUAAUUUUUACUGAGUGCAACGCAUUGUGUUGUGAAAGCGUUUGAGGUGGUUUUCUGGUGCUGUCGGGAUGGGACUGUAGUUCUUUGGGAGCUGUUGUGAGCCUGAUGUUCUCACAGGAAGAAAGAAUUGCUUCCCGAGGCUGCCUGUACGCUCCUCUAACUUCUUCAGUGCGUGUGGGAUCACGCCUAGCUCUCCAGUAAGCCCAGCGCAGGCCUGGCCCUCACCUGACACACUGAGACCGUGGUCAGGUCAGCAAAGGUCAGUCUGCCUCUGCUGUCAGUGUUAGGGGUAUUUACAGCAGGCAAGUGACAGGCCUGGCCCGUGGUGGACAGACGGGACUUUAGAGUGUCCCUGAGGUGCAGUCGUCCUCCAGGCCCCUCCAGCCGUGCUUGGAGCUGAUGCCCUAGGGGAGAGGGCAGUUAUCAUGCAAGGACUCUGUGUGACCCCUGGGCACGGAAGGCUUCCUGACAUGAGCUGGCAGUCCAGGAAACCAGGGUUGGGUCAUUACCCAGCUGCCAAACACUGGUUUUUUGUUUAUAGGUUUUGUACCUUUAAAAAGACAUUCCUUUGUAACUUCCAAGAAAGAUGCUGGGCACAUUUGUUUCUUGGACCCCUGUUUUCAUGUACAAGUUCUACUCUUCUUAGCUUGCCAAGACUUGUGGAAAACGUAAACGUCGUCCACGUCUGGGUAAGCCCGGGGCUGCACUGGUUCCCUCCCCUGUGAGUCCCUCGCCCAGCCUUCGGCCCGGGUCGCCCAAGCAGCAGUUGGCCCUGUGGUUUGCAGCAGGUGGCAGGGCAGAGUCCAGCUAAGCUGCCCUUGCGGUGCGCGGGCCACAGUCGGCCCCUUCUGACCCUUGCAGCUUAGGUCCCCGCCAGGUGGAGGAGCCGCCCACGGCUCCCUCGGAGUCGGCUCACCUGGCUUUAACGUCUGCGAGCCCCGGCCUGCGCCCUGCCUGGGAGCCCACUUGUGCCCAGCAGACUUGUGUCAGUGGCCAGCGAGGGCCUUCUUGCUGUGUGGUGGUUGUGGCACUGAAGAGGGUAGAGAAGCUCGGGCCUUGUCUCUGACUGCUUGUGGGGCGGAGCCUUUUCUGCGUAGCACACAGCGCCGUCUCCGCCGUCGGGCGUCACCCUGUCCAUGGUGUGUACUGACUUUGCAUACUACUGAGAUGAUUUGUCAAUAACCACUUGUACCUGCCAUCAGCCAUGAGAGGUGAGAAGAGGUACGCUGUUAUCUCUGCAAUAAACUCUUGCUAGGUUCUACCUCUGCACAAAGGCUCCUUUUCUACGUAGGCGUAGAUUCCUCUCCUGCCCCGCGCUGUGCGUCGUCUGGUGGAACCCAGAGACAUGGAAACAAGGGUGCGUGUGGACUCUGGUUGUCUCCGUGUGUUCUCUUCAGUCUCUCCCUUUUGAUACUGCUGCUCUGCUGCGGGGCGUCCUCCGUGUGCGAAGGUACGAGCUGUUCUCACGACACUGCACUGCUUCCUCCAGCCUCUCGUGGGAAUGCUGUACCACAGCCCAGAACCGAGCGCUCCAAGCGUUUCCAUGUGUAACCUCCACAGCCGCUCUCGCAAUAACAUGUAUUGGCUGCAUCAGGCAGGGUUUCCUCUUGCAAGUAAGAAGUACCAACCGUGAAGCAAAACAGACUCUGUAUUUGGGUUCUUGUUGUAGUUCCUGAGGUUUUUUUUGUUUUGUUUUGUUUUUGUAAGAUUCUUAAAUAAAAUAA